ACAUCUUCGUUUAGUCUAGUGGACGACGACGGCACACAACAACAAGCUUCACCGGAGAGCAGAGAAGACGCGAAAAUGGUGAACAUUCCAAAGACUAAGAACACUUACUGUAAAAAUAAAGAGUGCAAGAAGCAUACUUUGCACAAGGUUACCCAAUACAAGAAGGGUAAAGACAGUCUUGCUGCUCAAGGAAAGCGUCGUUAUGACCGUAAACAAUCUGGUUAUGGUGGUCAGACUAAGCCUGUCUUCCACAAGAAGGCUAAGACCACGAAGAAGAUUGUGCUGAGGCUUCAGUGUCAGAGCUGCAAGCACUUUUCUCAGCGCCCAAUCAAGAGGUGCAAGCAUUUUGAGAUCGGUGGAGACAAAAAGGGGAAGGGAACAUCACUU